AUCCCGUUUUAGAAGAUAGUUUACAGCAAGUUCGAGAGCUUCAUGAGAGUGUUCAACGUAUGAGAGAUGCCACUGUACAAAGUCAGACCGCCGAUAGUUCAUAUGCUCCUUCGUCUAAGGACUUUGCGGCAUUUGCAUUAAAUCCUUUAUUAGCUCAGGUAGCAAGAUUAAGUGCUAGUUGUCCCGCUUUAAACGAGCAAGUUCCAGAACUUGAUAUAGUAGGAGGUUCCUUAGGUUCGUCGCCCAUUCACCAACCGCCCAGUAGGAAAGGAAGCGGUGCACAAGACUGGUUGCUCGGACGUACUUUGGAGCCAGAUCCGCAAAGACGAAAAUCAUGGACAGCUUUGGAGGAUCUAUCGGGAACCAAAGAAAAAAUAAAAACGCGCCAACGCAGUAUUUCAUUGAGCAGCAUGGAAUCGGAAGCGGACGAAUCUUCGUUAUUGGACAAUGUAGACGGAAGUCCGGCAAGGUUACUGGGAACCGAAUCGUCAGCAAUUGUAGGACGUCGUACACAUCGAGGUUCAGGUGGAGGUGCAAGCACACACUCCCUCAACGAAGCUGAUUUACAGAACGAUUUCAAUAAAAUUAAAGCCAAAAGAGAGGCGGAACAGCUCCGGUUAUUACCUGCGAGAUUACCAUUACAAAAAUCGAUAUCAACACCAUCAAUUAUUGCUGUUCGUGAUUUAGCACCUGAACCUAUCUUGGUAGGCGCGCAACCGACGUUACCUGUGGGCCGUCCAAGUGGUACCGAGAGCGAAACAGAGGAAGAGGGAAGUCGUACUGGAUUGGCACAUUUUGAUCCACACUCCAUUGCACAUUUGCACCAUGUUCCUUUCGACCACCAUUCUGAGAAAAGGCGGAAACGUGGAAGUCUGUUCUUUCGGAAAAGGAAGGAUAAAACUAAAAAGCUGAUUUCUCAUCAGUGGGUAUCUCCAAGUUGCGGGGCUUCACAGUUGUGCGAUUGGUGCUUGAAACCCUUAAGCAAUAAACCAGCUUUAUGUUGUGAAAGUUGUGGAACUACAGUCCACCAAAAUACCUGUAAGGAUCAUAUAGUCGAGUGCAAUAAACCCAAGGGUUCCAAGAAUCCCACAAAGCUUUCCGGAUUUGGAGGUCCCUUAACUAGUUCUAAAAGUGCUGUUAAUAAAAGGGGUUCGGGGUCGAUGCCGGGACAUAAUCAAAAUAGUUCGUCUAAUAAGAGAAGCCAGCUGUGCUACUCGCCCUGGCGCAGGGUCGCCACCAAACUGGGAGUAAACCAAAUUCUUAGUGAUGAUAAGGAGGCUGAUCUACACCAUGGACAUCAUGACAAUACAAAUUUUCCAGACGAUGUGCCAAUAGUACCUUUAGAAUUCUUGUCCGAUACACCCUUAACUGCAUCAGAUUUGUGUUCAGACCCUAAUUUAGGCUUACACGAGGUUGAGCCAGAUUCGUGGACACCUCAUGUAGGAAAGGAAAUAUCGCGCAAACUCAAAGAGAAAGAAGUUAAACGACAAGAACAUAUUUACGAAUUUAUAUUAACCGAAAAACAUCAUUGCAUGACCUUACUUAUGAUGCAAAAGAUUUUCGUAGACGGAUUACAAAAAUAUUUUAGUUUAGGACCAAAUUUAGAUAGGAUGUUUCCGCGAUUAGUCGAUCUGACAGAAUUGCAUUUAGGAUUUCUCUUACGGUUACGACAACGUCAAAGAGAAGCUCCUGUUGUAUCAUCUAUCGCCGACAUACUGUUAGAAGAAUUCUCGACUAGUCGCGCUGUCAAAUUAAAAUCUGCCUACGGAGAAUUUUGCAGUCGGCAUAGGGAUGCUGUGGAAAUAUAUAAAACUUAUUUAUCUAACGACGAUCGUUUCGGUCAGUUUAUUCGACAUUGUCAAAAUAAUCCUCUACUGAAAAAGAAGGGAAUUCCGGAAUGCAUUCUAUUUGUAACUCAAAGGUUAACAAAGUACCCUUUAUUAAUAGAGCCACUUAUUAAAACCAGUAAAGAGAAUCAAUACGAACAAGAGCAACUGCAGAGAGCGCUGGCGUUAGUUAAGGAAAUUUUGAUUGAGGUCGAUUCACAAGUGGCAGAAAAAGAGAAAGAGGAUCGCAAAUUAGAAAUUUAUCACAGAAUUGACGCCAAAUCGUACACUACGCAUCGAGGAUACAAGUUUAAAAAGUCCGAUAUUUUGCAGGGCAAUCGGUCUUUGCGAUUCGAAGGCGUCGCCAUGCUAAUGCAGGGAAGAGGGAAAAUGCAAGUUGUUAUGGUUAUUGUUUUAUCCGACGUAUUAUUUUUCCUUCAAGAAAGUUCUCAUAAUAAAUAUACAUUUUUUACGCCCGAUAAUAAGGCUGGUGUUAUAUCUUUACAAAAAUUGUUGGUGCGAGAAAAAGCGGGGCAAGAAUCCAGGGGUAUUUACUUGAUCUCGUCAAAUCCGGCAGAUCCCGAAAUGUUCGAGUUAAAGGUUCACAAACCUAAAGAUAAGCAAGUUUGGAUUCAAGCGAUUAGAGGUGCAGUACAGAAUUGCCCAGAGGAAGACGAGGACAGUUUUACCAUAACAUCUGAAGAAAAACAAACCUUAUUAAACGCAAAACAAAAUCAAAUCAGACAUUUUGUCGAUGCAGAGUCAGAUAUCGAAGGGUUACUACGGCAGAAGGAUGUGGAACAUGCUUUGCUGUUAGAAGAGAAGAUGUCCAUACAGUUGCGAUUAUUAGCUGCGGCAGGACUGGAGCCACCAUCGCCUCCUUCUUAUCGCCAUUUAGUAGGCGAACAUGUUGACACUAAUCAAGUGUGGAAAGAGGUUUUAACAGCUGUACAGGAGGUAAGCCAUCUGGCCAGUUCACUGUACACAACAGGAACAAAUCUUUCAAGAAGUGUAAGUUCGGCAGGUGAACACCAAAGUGAGACGUACACCUCGCCUAUUUUACCUAAACGUGCUGAAACAUUUGGCGGUUUCGAUAACUCCAUACAAAGUGGCAUUAAACUGUUAGGAAAAAAAUUGCAAUCUUCGGGAGGGACGCCCACUUUAAGCCCCGAUAUUGAAAAUCUGAAACCUGGGGAUAGCAAACUAUUUGAAAAGUUACCGUGGCGAAAUUGCCAGAUAUCUAUAGGUCCCACUCUAACCAAUGGAAAUGUACCAGAUCUACAGCCAUGUGCACCACCUGAUAUACCAGCGCUAUUAUCGCUUGGUAAAGAGCAGCAAUAUGCGGCGGUUCAAUUAUCACAUUAUGUUUACACGUUAUUGUGUAUAAUAUCACAGUUGAUGACUAGUAACGAAAGCCUUCAAACACAUUUGUUAAUGGCGAAAGGCGGUGGAGAUUCUGGAAAGCAAUAUCGUCACAACCAGCAAUUGGAAGAGCUGAGAAAUUUGCAAGAUAAACUUAGUGUCGAAAAAGCUGCCUGGACAAUGGUGAAGGAACAAGAAAGUAAGGAGUUAGACGAAAAGAAAGCGGAAUUGUUGAAAUUACAAGAGCAAAUCCGCGUGGAGCAAUCCGACAUCACCCAGCAACGCGAACAGUUGUACAGGAAAAUGGAAAUAUUAACCAGUCAGGGAUUACUAAUUUCUCCCAACGUUGCCUUACCUGUCACCGGCCAGCCGGAGGACAGUAGCAAUCAAAGUUCCGAGGAGAGUAGUCCCUCACAGUCGGAAGGUUCGGCGGGUGUUAGCGGUACACAGCACAGUACCGGUACGGAACGAAGAAAAGAUUCAAAAUGGAUUAAGGGAAACUCCAAAUCACAACUACCUCAGCAUUUAAUAAGUGCAACAAAUCAACAGAAAGCCUCUCAGAAUGUACACGUUAAGCAACAACUUCCUCUUAAGUUAGCUUCAAGAUUAAGUUCGGGUAAUGCGCCUUCCACGAUCUCUGCAUCAGUGCCACAACAAAUGCUGCCUUUAAAGUUAAGUCAAGAUGAAAAAGUAAGGCGGACAAGUACAACAGGGUAUCAGAGGCUAGGUUCGGGAAGCCGGAGUCCCACUUCUGGUGAAUCGACACCAACCACGCCACACUCCCAUAGUCGUACAGGAUCAAGUCCGGCUUUAAUGCAGGCUUCAUCCCCAUGCGGAACACCUCCACCAAUGCACCCUCAAGCCAUAUCCCACAAUAAAGCCGCACGUACGCAUACAUAUCCAAAGCUACCCGACAAGUUUAAGGUACGUAACGAACAGCAAUCGCCCGCUGACGAAGAGGUGAUAUAUUUUUGACGGUCAUGGGGCAAACGGUGUUUUUUCUUUCACAAGCUAAUUAAUACAAAAGUCUAGGUUCACAAGAUUGCCUGUCAAGCCAGGGAUCGACUUGAUAAUAG